AUGGCUAAUCAGGUAAUACAGCAAAGGCAAUCCAAAUUAAAGUUUGAUGUUACUCGGACUAGAGAUAAGGAACUGGACAGUACUUUGGUUCAAUACAAGUUAAAGUUGGGGAAAAAAAUUGUAGAAGGAGAGAAGAAAUGUAGAACAAUUGAACUCGAAUUUACCUUAAAUCAACAAUUGGAGUUGCGACGAUGGAGCGAUUUGCCGUUUGGAGGCUACAAUGGCGAUUAUUUUCAGAGGAGAGAGAAAAUUGAGGGGAGAACAGUGAGUCCCAAAAUCGGUGAGAGGGAGAGAGUGAAGAGGAAGGGUUUAGUGAGAGAAAGUUACAAUAUGAACGAGGGUGAUGGAGCAUUACCUACUUCUUUGAUAAAUUCAUUUACAGAGAUUAAUCAUUCAACUAGUAGUGUUGUUACUGAUUCAAGUAGUAAUGAUGAUACUUCAAGCCUCAUCAACUCACCUAGGGUGUGUUACUCCCCUAAAGGAUCCAAGGAGUACAUUGCAGGCUGCUUGCAUCAUCUUAAACCUAGUGUGGGUAUGAUUUUUGAUUCUUUAAAAGAGGCUGAACUUUUUUAUAAAGUUUAUGCUGCUCACUGUGGUUUUCAAGUGCGCAAUGGGACUGAUAAAAAGCAAAAACAAACUGUUGGAAAAGAAAUUGUUGAAGUGAUAGUUCUCAAAUAUUUGCUUUGUACUAAGCAAGGUUAUUUUCAACCCAAGCCUAGAAAUCAGGAUGCUGAGUGUAGUCAAACGCGGAAAAGAAGUGUGACACGUUCUGGUUGCUUUGCUUGUAUUCGGUUACGGUAUAGUUCUGGUGGCGAUAAAGAUGUGUUUAUGUUCAAGGAAAAUUUUGAGAGGAAAGUACAGGCUUCUAAUGGGGGUUUUUACUUUGAUUAUUGUGUUGACAAGCAUAAACAACUUACUCGUGCUUUUUGGGCUGAUUCAAUCUGUAGGAAAAAUUAUGCAUUAUUUGGGGAUGUUGUUACUUUUGAUAGUACAUAUGAUACAAACAAAUAUUGUUUAGUUUUUUCUCCUUUCACUGGGGUUGAUCACCACAAAAAGUGUGUCACUUUUGGUUCAGCUUUGUUGUCCAAAGAAGAUACUGACUCUUUUGUUAGGUUGUUUGAGACAUUUUUGAAGUGCAUGGGUAAUUGUGAACCUUAUUGUUUGCUCACGGAUCAAGAUCCUGCCAUGUCAAUUGCUAUAGAGAAAGUGUUUAAAACGACUAAACCGCGUUUAUGUAUGUGGCAUAUAAUGCGUAAGGUGCCUGAUAAAGUUGGCCCUGUUCUUUGCAGAGAAAGUGAUUUUUUGAAAAAGUUAAAUGUAGUGGUAUGGGAUUCUGAUUUGGAUCCAACUGAGUUUGUAUCCGAUUGGGAAGCUGUGAUGAAAGAAUUUAGUUUAGAAAAUCAUGAUUGGCUUAGUUAUAUGUUUAAGAUCAAACAUAAAUGGAUCCCAGCUUACUUUAGAGAUCUUUUUAUGGGUGGCUUGUUGCGAGUUACUUCUCGUUCUGAAGGGGAAAACAAUUUCUUUUGUCAUUUUACAAAUCCACAUGUCACUUUAGUUGAGUUUGCUCUACGUUAUGAUAGCGUGCUUGAUGCCCAAAGACAUGAACAAGAUGAGUUGGUUAAGAAAUCCAAAAAUCUUCCUUCACUUGUUACUCCUUUACAAUUAGAAAAGCAUGCAUCCUUGUUUUAUACACACGCACUUUUUUAUGAAUUUCAAGAAGAAUGUGAGGCAGCAUGUUUUGCAUGUGGUAUAGAGAGUUGCAAUUCAUGUUAUGGUGCUGGUGAAGAGUUUUCUGUUGUUUAUGAUAAUGAGAGGCGCAAGAAUUAUGAUGUUAUUUUUGACACGAGUUCUAAUGAUAGUACAUGCAGUUGUAGAAAGUUUGAGAGUGAAGGGUUAUUGUGUAGCCAUAUCUUGUUUAUAAUGAAGGGAAAGUUCUUAUGUGAAAUUCCAUCUAAAUAUUUGUUGCGUCGUUGGUCAAAAGAUUCCCUUAAGCAACCAAUGUCUAAUUUCGAAGGUUGGUCAUUUGUGGAAGAUUCUUCAAGGAGUGAUAGAAAAAAACAACUUCUCUUUGAUUGUUGGUCUAAAAUGUUUUCUUGUGUGAGUUUGGCCGAGGACACAGAAGAUAAUUUGUUUGAAUUAGUUGAGAAAUUAAGUGUGUUUGAGGAGGAAUUGAAGAAAAAGAAGUGUGGUGAAGGCGAGGCAACUAGGAAAGACCAAACUGCUUCUGAUGCUGAUAUACUUGAGCUACUUGUUGGCUCAAAUUCUGGCGAGGUUGAUGUUCUCCCUCCUAAUGUUUGUCUUACCAAAGGAUUUGGAAGAAUUUCAAAGAGGCUAAGGAGUGCGAAAGAGAAAGCAGUUGAAGUGAAUACCACUGCAAAGAAGGGACGUACAUGCAAAGCUUGUGGCCAGUCAGGGGAUCUUAGGAUGAACCAAGUCCAACCAAAUGACAGUGGGUACUGCUGA